UCCAGAUCCAGUUCUCAUUCUGCAGUCCAGCAGCUCUUAUCCUCCUCAACUCCUCUCUCAUUCUUUGAGUCCUAUCAUUGCUGCAGAUAUGGCUACAGCUGGUAAGGUGAUCAAGUGCAAGGCAGCAGUGGCCUGGGAGCCCAACAAGCCUCUGGUGAUUGAGGAGAUUGAAGUGGCUCCACCUCAGGCCAACGAGGUCCGCAUCAAGAUUGUGGCAACUGGGGUGUGCCACACAGACCUGUACCACCUGUUUGAGAGUAUGAAUAAAGAUGGGUUCCCAGCAGUCCUCGGCCAUGAGGGAGCUGGCAUCAUAGAAAGCGUUGGUCCAGGCGUCACUGAAUUUCAGCCAGGAGACAGAGUCAUCCCUCUGUUCAUCUCUCAGUGUGGAGAAUGUCGUUUCUGUAAGAGUCCAAAGAGCAACCAGUGUGAAAAAGGAUGGGCUGCUGAGCGUUAUGAUGUGAUGUCAUUAGACGACACCAGGUUUACCUGUAAGGGCAAGAAGGUGCUGCAGUUUAUGGGAACCAGCACCUUCUCAGAGUAUACUGUGAUGAACCAGAUGGCUGUGGCCAAGAUCGAUCCUGCAGCUCCUCUGGACAAAGUCUGUCUCCUCGGCUGUGGGAUCUGCACUGGAUAUGGAGCAGCAGUUAAUACUGCUAAGGUUGAACCAGGAUCCACAUGCGCUGUGUUCGGUCUGGGAGCUGUGGGUUUGGCUGCAGUCAUGGGCUGUUAUGUUGCUGGAGCAAAGAGGAUUAUAGCUGUUGACAUCAAUCUAGAGAAGUUUGAGAAGGCCAAGGUGUUUGGUGCUACUGACUUCAUCAACCCCAAAGAUCACGAUAAAGUGCUGAUUGAGAUGACCAAUGGAGGAGUGGACUUCUCCCUGGAAUGCUGUGGUAAUGUGGGAGUCAUGCGCAGUGCUUUGGAGUCUUGUGUCAAAGGUUGGGGUGUUUCCGUGAUUGUUGGCUGGACAGAUAUGCAUGACUUCGCUGCUCGUCCCAUUCAGCUCAUUGCUGGACGUACAUGGAAGGGAUCCCUGUUUGGAGGAUUUAAGAGUAAGGACGGCGUGCCCGAGAUGGUCAAAGCCUACCUGAACAAGAAGAUAAAGCUGGAUGAGUUCAUCACUCACAACAUGACUUUGGCCCAGGUCAACGACGCCAUUGAACUGAUGAAGCAAGGCAAAUGCAUCCGGACAGUUCUGAGUGUUUCUCCACAAUAAGGUCAUCGUGUUGCUUUCAUUGAUGGUUCAGCUCAGCUCCAAGAUCAUUGAAACUAUGCCAAAUCAGCCUUGCAGUGUCCCCUUCCUCGACAAUAGUGACAGAUGUUUCUCUGGUCCCCCUGUGCCUGACUCCACACAGACCUAUCCGUUCUGUCCUUACCAGAUUCUGGAGCUCGAAAGUCAUAAUCCCCCUGAUGAGUUAACACAUAAUCAUCUGCGAGGGCUGCCGCUUCUUCCGCUGUCUUCUCUCUGUGUUCACUAAUAUAGACAGAAAUGUGUGGAGGAACUGAGUCCUUGAACUGCUCCAGAAUAAUUAACUCACACAGAGCGUCAAAUGUGCGAACAUUUAGUGAAGAACACCACCGAUGGAAAUGUGUACUUAACUCCCUUGCAAACUCCAUGUGAGUCUGGUGACCAGACUUCUCCCAUGACCUGAACCUCUGUAGGCCUCGGGCACUAAUUCAUAUGCCUUGAGAACAGCGACUUUGACUGAAGUGUAAACCCUGCUGUCUGCAACACCGAGAGCACAGUACGCCUCCUGAGCCUUACCUGUAAGAACACACUGAAGGAGUAACGUCCUCUCAGUGUCAGACCAGCCUCUGGUCUCAGCCACUCUCUCAAACAGGGAAAAAAAACGUGUCAGGAUCACGUUCACAAAACGGAGGGACCAAACGCAAAUUCGUGGAAACAUCAAAUGAAUGUGGAGGACCAGACGAACCUGCAAGAGUCUGACCCACUCAGACUCAGUCUGCGCUCCUCCAGCUCCAGUCUUUUCAGCUCGACUUGUAGCAACAGCAACCUCUCACGCUGCUCAAAUGUAAAAGCCGAGCUGCUAAGAGAAGCUUCACCAGAAGCAGCAGACUCACCGGAGUCUAAACCAACCUCGACAGCUUGAACUUUAGGCUGGAGAACCCCUGCCUCGAGUUGGUUCAUUUUAAGGAUGUGUUUCAUAUUUUCUUUAGAUCUUUUAUCCCCCACAUCCAUUUUAAAGUGCUCCGCUAUUUUCACAAGCUGCUCCCGUGAACAGCGGUCCAGCAACUCCUCUGACGGAGCUCUCAGAAAAUCCUCCACUGAGGCCAUUACUCUGCACCGACCGAAAAAACCACAGUGAAAAUCAACCGGCUUAAUCAGCUGCUCUGACACCAACCCCCUGCAGCUCAAACAGCUGAACCAUCACUGUUGCUCCGUCCCUCUAACUGCCUCAACAGAAUCUAACUACUCUCCCCCCUCGUCUUCAGGCGGUACUUGUGGCGGGUAUUUAUGCACCAGCUCCCAUAGGCCCGGUGAAUAGGGUUGCCACCUUUCAGAAAUGAAAAUAAAGGACGCCCACCACGGCUCCUUGGGGCCACAGUUCAGUGAAAUCGGAAAGAUAUUCACAGAUUCAGAAUUCCACCAUCAAUAACUCAUUAUAAACGAUGCCUCUUUUCCAUUGUUGUAAGGUAGACAAAGUGCUACAAGCCUAGUUUUAUCAACAGUAGCUGUCUUUCAAGCUGCAGAAAUAACAUUGGUGUCAACAGGAGCCAGUUGAAGGCUGCAGUGAUUUUGGUGACACUACAGUGUAUUGAAUAUUUGUGUCUCUCUUUGCUGUUGCAGCAGUUUUGCAGUUUGCAGACGGACCCUGUUCACUCCAUAGACAUCAAUGGUAUUCAUGCAGCUUGAAAGACAGCUACUGUUGAUAAAACUGGGCUUGUAGCACAUUGUCUACCUUACAACGAUGGGAAAGAGGCAUCGUUUAUGUUUUGACCAGUGUUGCCAACUCCUCGGUAAGGAAAGUAGCUAUUGGCUGUCCUAAAAGUCACUAGAAGUCGCUAAAUGACCUCAACGCCUAAUUUGCAUAAUUUCCCGUUUGCAUGUAAUUGUAAUCAACGUUGUAGGAGAGACAAAAAGUGAGUUUAAAACACCCAAAAUAUGUUUCUGAACUAGAGGCUAAAUGCAGUGAUUUAUUUUAGUGUGACAGUGAAGAAACAUUUUCAUUUCCAUCCCGCUCUGUAAGCAGGACGGGAUCUGCAGAGACUUUGAUUCAUCUGCCGUCUGGACAUGGAGUGAUGUGGGUCUCCUCUAAUCAGACAGUGGGAUGCUGCAGGUCACUAGACUGACCUCCUGUGCUUUGGGAAGGGGAGGAGCUCACAGCGCCACCUGCUGCUUGUUGAGGACAGUAACUGCAGAACGAUCCCAGCUUUCAUGUCAGACAGGGGCUGAUCCAGAUUAAUUUUAAUGGCGGGGGGCACAGAGGGGUACAACAGAUAUUUUGGGGGGGUUGUAUGAAAAAAUGAAAGCUGCUACUGACCUCUCGCUUUUACAAAGUUUUUUUUCAUGUUUUUUUUUUUUUUUUGGCUCUUUAACCCAAUAGGAAAGCUGUAUAUGACCUUUUCAUUUUGGGCUAUUAACAUUCAAAUUAUGAUGGACUUGUUUCCUUGUUUAUGUGAAUUACUACAUCAUUAGCUGUAACAUCUGCCUGUUCUGUAAAACUGGUAGCUCAACGACAGCAUCCUGAGGGCAAUUAAGUGACAAAUUUUGUGCAAGAACAGCACGAUUACAACCCUGACAAUUUGCACUUCUUAAAAUGUUUACUGCCAAUUAUCACACAUAAAACAAGAAAUAAUAUUCUGUACUAAUACUUCUGUACCACCCAAUACACAGUGAAUAAAUAUUAUCUGAAA